AUGAGAGACUGCUUACCAGAUCCUGACGCACUGGAAAGUGAUAGAGACAAAACUAUGAAAGACUGCUUACCAGAUCCUGACGCGCUGGAAAGUGAUAGAGACAAAACUACGAGAGACUGCUUACCAGAUCCUGACGCGCUGGAAAGUGAUAAAGACAAAACUAUGAGAGACUGCUUACCAGAUCCUGACGCACUGGAAAAUCCUGAUGCACUGGAAAGUGAUAGAGACAAAACUAUGAGAGACUGCUUACCAGAUCCUGACGCACUGGAAAGUGAUAGAGACAAAACUAUGAGAGACUGCUUACCAGAUCCUGACGCACUGGAAAGUGAUAGAGACAAAACUAUGAGAGACUGCUUACCAGAUCCUGACGCACUGGAAAGUGAUAGAGACUAUGACCCAGAGUAA